CUUAUUAACGGCCCAAUCACUAAAUAACAGCCGCCGUCCACCAAUCCGGCCAUUUCUCUUGCCCCCUCGUCGUCGCCGCCGCCGCCGCCGCCACGCCCAUCGCUACGCCGCCGGCAUCCGCGCCCCCCGUCGCCGCCGGCCGGCCAGCCCCGCAGCUCGCGGGGCUCGCGGGACGCGCGGGUGAGGACCAGCCGGUGCUGGCUUGACCUCGGUGGCUCGACCCCCACCUCCAGGCUUCCCACGCAGCAAAAUUUUAAUGCUUGACGUGACUGAAAGUUGGAUGGAAGACUCAAAAAAUGCUUCAACCCCAGAAUCAAUUUCUAGAUAUCAAUCAUCCUCACCAAGAGGACUGGGGAAAAGAAAUAUUUUUUAUCUAUUAGCUCAACGGGAGAUCUCUCCUCAGUCAAAACACCAAGCUAAAAAGCUUUGGUCUGGAUCUCCAGAAUGUUCUACUGGUUCAGUUGAGUUAUCAUUUUGGGUUGCAGAUGCUAGACAUGAUCUUUUUUCUUGGGCUGAAUCACAAUCCUUGCAUCGGUGGUCUGCCAAGUAUUGCCCUCUCCUGCCUGCUCCAAGGUCAACCAUUGCAGCUGCAUUCAGUCUGGAUGGGAGAACACUUGCAUCAACACAUGGUGACCAUACUGUUAAAAUAAUCGAUUGCCAAACUGGGAAAUGCUUGAAAGUGUUGAUUGGACAUCGGCGCACUCCUUGGGUGGUUAGAUACCAUCCAUUAGAUCCUGAUAUCGUUGCUAGUGGAAGUUUGGAUCAUGAAGUUCUUCUCUGGGACACUAAAACCUCCCGUUGCAUUGAAUCACACUUCUUCUAUAAACCAAUCGCGUCGAUUGCAUUUCAUGCAAACGGGGAGCUUCUGGCGGUUGCUUCAGGCCACAAACUGUUCAUAUGGGACUACAAUAAACGAGAUGAAGCAUCUAACCCUUCAAUGGUAUUAAGAACUCGCCGUUCACUGAGAGCUGUUCAAUUUCAUCCUCAUGGGGCUCCAUAUCUACUGACUGCAGAGGUUAACAAUCUUGAUUCCGCUGAUUCAGAACUGACCCAUGCAACAUCUUCUGGCUAUUCAAACUCUCCCUCACCUUUCUUUUUUGCAAUGAUGAACUCCGCAUGUUGUCCAACUUCUGAGUCUAGGUUUUCAUCAGCUUGCUUGAUUUGUCCUGCAUAUGUCAGAGAUGAUGGAAGCAUAUGUCUGUUUCGAGCUAGUGGUUCAUCCAAUGUACAGCUGCCAUCAGAUUCUGAAACUCUGCAGGCAGACCAUAUGGUUACACCUAUGGAUGUAUGCCCUGGAGAACCUGGGGUGAAUAACAAUGACGAUGCAGCUUCAACAUCUUUAUCAACUAGAACUGAAAUGCAUACUCUCAGUGGGCAGAAUAGCUCAACAUUUCGCAACAGUAGUGCUGCUAUCGAUCUUCAAAGGUACAAUGCUAGGGAUAUUACACAAAUUUCUGACCUGAGCAGCAAUAUGCCAAAUCGAGAAGUGCCUGUGCAUUCAACAGCUGAUGUCCCAAGUACAAUGGAUUUGUUCACCACGUCUAAUACACUAGAUGCUCUAAUGUUCCUCAGAGAUGUAGAGGCCGGAAAUCACCACAAUAAUUCCAGUGGUGGUGCACAUAGCUCAGAGUUGCCCUUUCUCCAAAGUUGGUUGAUGGCACAAAACCAUACAGGAUCACGUCCAGCGCUUCCUAGCAAUGAGGUCAUAGGAGACUUACCUAUCGGUGGCAGUUUGAUCAGUGAAUUAUCAGACAGUUCGAGAGGGCUAAGUCAACAUUAUUCCUUACACCGUCAUCUACUAGCCUCUGUACCUGGUGGAGAUGCGAGCUCACAUCAAGGUACUCAAAAUGGUGAAGAUCAGGUUAAUGUUGUAUCAUUAGGCGUUGCAUCAGAAUUCGCUACGUCACUGUUUGUUGGUGAUGGUGCUGAAUUACCAUGUACAGUGAAACUUAGAAUAUGGCAGCAUAAAAUUGAGAAUCCUCGUGUUGCAUUAGCGCCUGAGGCAUGCUGCUUAACAAUCUCUCAUGCUGUUCUUUGCAGUGAAAUGGGCACCCAUUUUUCACCCUGUGGGCGUUUUUUGGUGGCUUGUGUUGCGUGCUUGCUGCCUCAAACAGAAGUUGGUGAUCAUGUAAGCCAAUCACCUGUACAUUAUGAUUCUACUGGGGCUGGAACAUCACCAACUCGCCACCCUCUCCCCUCUCGUCGAGUUAUAUAUGAGCUUCGGGUUUAUUCUCUUGAGGAGGAAACGUUUGGUACAGUUCUUGUGUCCCGGGCAAUAAGGGCGGCUCAUUGCUUAACUUCCAUUCAGUUUUCACCUACAUCAGAGCACAUACUACUGGCAUAUGGUCGUCGUCAUAACUCACUUCUAAGGGGCAUUUUCAUGGAUGGGGACACUACGAUUCCUGUGUACACUGUCUUGGAGGUGUAUAGAGUUUCAGACAUGGAGCUUGUAAGAGUUAUCCCUAGUGCUGAAGAUGAAGUCAAUGUUGCCUGUUUCCAUCCUUCCCCUGGCACAGGUCUUGUUUAUGGGACUAAGGAAGGAAAGCUCAGGAUUAUCAAACAUAAUGAUGCAGACUCUGCAAGCAUGGGGCCUCUUACUAGGGGAAAUAUACUUGAGAUUCAGAGGCAUUGACUGUAAUGAUGGACAUAACCACUGUAUCAUAUGCUUCUUAACUUCCCUGAUAACUUCUUUUACAACAUCCAGGAAAAGGAACUUAUCUGUGCAGAUUCAUCCAUGUCCAAAAGGGCGUAACGUAAUUUAAUCAAAUUUCAUGGAGGACAAUUUUGAAUGAUCAAAGGAUCAGUAUGCAGAUGUUGUAUUCCUGAGUAAUCAACAACUUGGUUACACCGAGACCUCGUGAAACUUUUCCGACAACCCUGGAGACUUUUCUUUGCAUCUAGGUACAGGUAAUGUGGCAAGAAUCACGCUGUGUGAGAACAGUCAAUGAAAUUGCUCCAUGUUGGCAACAUGUAUGUGACUAAGUGAUUGGCUGCUUGUAUUUUCCAUGCUAGAGGGGGUAGAGGAGGAUGCUGGUGUAUAUGUGAUGAAAUGAUUCCAUAAGAAAUCUAGGAAUUCUGUCAUACACGUCAAUAUGUCAUGUUGCUUUGCAUGCCCCAAUGGUCUGAAACAAACUGAUAUUGUUGCAAACGGAAGUUAAAAAUGCUGGCUAAAAUUAAU